UCAACGAAAGAACAAAUUAAUUUCCCUCUUCUCUUAUCAAUGGUUAAGAUUGUGAAAAGUUGGAGGGAAAAACAAUGAGCCUGAUCACUUGUUAAUCUGCUUAUUAAAAAGCCAAACAGUCAAUGUGAAUCUUAAUCAGUUUAAUCAAAUCUUUUCCCUUACAGUUAAUCACCGAGUAAUUUUAUUCUAUUCUUUUAUUUACCUUGUCAACAAUUUAUUGAUUAUUCUCUAAAUUUUACCUUCUCUCAUUAGAUAAUCUAAUCAUUUUGUGAUUGUUCGUUUUUCUGCCUUUGAUUAGAAUUUGAUUAUUUUUUUUCUCUUCUUCUUCUUCUUUAUUGUGUGUUGUGUAUCUCCAUCUUUAAUCUUUGUCUCUCCUCAUCUAAUCUUCCAUCUAAUCUUCUUCUUCUCCAAUGGCAAUGGAUAGUUUUUCUAAGCGUCGUCCACCCAAAUUCUCGGAGCCCAUUGAUUUCAAUCUCAAGGCUUCUGAAUUUUCUCAUUCCAAUCUACUGGUAGAUCGGUUUAAUGGACUCUUUUCAAGUGGAUGGUCAACCAAUGAUCAACAUGGAUUGUUCAAUUUUAGUGGUAAUCUAAAUUCUACCUCUAAUCUUACACCCGCUGGUGAGAAUAACAAUAUUACUAAUAAUAGUAAUAGUACCACUGGUGUUGAUGGUAAUGGUGGUGGCCUCUAUUCUAGUAAUUUAACUCAUGCAAUCAAUGGUAUUAAUUCAAACCCAUUUAAUACCAAAGGAUUAAACAGUUAUGAUUAUAACAAUCAAUGGAUCGCUCCACCGAGAAGUUGCCCUCCUAUUGGAACCAGGGAUUUAUUUUCUUCUUUCUCGGUCACUCCCCGUAAUCAUAUAAAUUCAAAUCACUUAUCAAACACCAAUAACAAUCAAAUUAACUCGCAUAAUUAUAAUUCCAUCAAUCCUGCAACUAAUUCCAACAGAGAUAAUACCAAUAAUUAUCAUAACAAUCUUACCACUGGACAUCAACAACACUCGACUAAUCCAAACACCAUCAAUAAUAAUACCAAUAAUUCCUUUGGUAUUGGUAAUAAUAACAAUCAUCAUUCUAUGGUCAAUAGUAGUUAUAAUAACUCUGAUAAUUCAUUGGCUGCUAACAGUACUUUAAAUGGUCUUCAAGCUUCUUAUGUUCCACCAAGGGUUCGUCGACGUAAUCCAACUUGCACCGAGUGUGUUUUCUGUAAAAACAAUGGUCAUCCACCGGCAUUUUACAAGAGUCACAUUCUCAAAUGUCCAGAGGGUAACAUUAUCUGUCCUGUUCUUCGCUGUUACAAUUGUCCCAUUUGUCAGAAUGGCGGUGGAGCAAAAGCUCAUACACUUCGAUAUUGCCCAUGGAAUAAACCAUCAUUCUGGCAACGCAAUAAUCGACCUUAAAUCCCGAUUCAAUUUUCCUUUUUCCUCUCUCUCUCUCUCUCUCUCUCUCUUUCCUGCUAACCGAAUAUUUAACAGACUUGCCUACCAAAUGUAAGCUAUUUGAAUGGGUUAGCACCAAGGAGAGAGACCGACCCUAUGAAAAUUUGUAAUAAAUGCUCUCAUGUUGUAAAGAGCUCAGUCUCUCUCUCUCUCUCUCUCUUCCCUUUCUCUUGAAUUCUAACCUCUGUCUUUCUUGUUCUCUACCGUCUCUCUCUCUCUCUCUACGAUUGUAAUACCAGAUACACAUAUUUGUAAUCUGCGCACUUGCGGAUAUUCUUCUCCUCCUACCAAAGAAUAAGCUUUUCCUUGCAAACAAUCUCGAAGAAGAGUCGCCACCUCUGUUUUCUCAUCUCUUGAAUCUCUUUUCACUUGUAAUCGAACAAAAGAAAGAGAAACAGAGGUGGCGACUCGCGUGCCAAUUGUAUGUAUCACACAUUCUCCCUUCGAGUUGCUCUCUUUUCAUCCUUUUCUUUUGUUUCUGUGGAAUAUUUAUUUUUUGGGUUUAUUAUUAAUAAAUUUAAUUAACUUAUUGUCUAAA